UGGGCAAGUGGGUGGCUCUGAGCCUAUUACUAUCUUGUCCCAAACCUGUGUGCUUGUGGGACAGCUGGUGGCUUCUCUGUCACCGCAGCUUUCUCCUCACUACCUCCCCCCUUCUCUCCCGUCCCUCUACUGCAUUCUCUUCAAGCUCUCCCCUUGUCACUGCCCCGAAAUGUUCGAUUUCUCUCCUAUACCUGGGACCUUCCCCACCUGCGUUCCCUCACCACCUGCUGCACGUAAGCUCAUGUGUCCAUCACUCUCAGUCACCAGACCCCCCACCCUGUCCUCUAGAGCCCCACAGGGGUCAGUAUCUUCCUCUCCUUCCCUGCACUUCCUGGCCCCUUCUCACCAUUAUCUCCUGUUCUCCAUGGAAACCUUGGACCUUGGUGUGAAAGCCCGACUGGAUAAAAGGGGAUCCUGGGGCUGGCCAGUUGGGAUGAUGUGGCCCAGCGGGGUGAGAAGUGUGUGUGUGUGUGUGGGGGGGUAGUAUCUCGCUGUGUGUCAGGGAGUGGAUCCACACAGGUACAAAGUGUGUAGAGGAGAGGACCCACCUAAAGCCCUAGGGUUAGAGAAGAGGCUGUGUGUGGAGAAGACAAAAGACUGACAGGAGAAGUCUGGGAAAGGAGCUGUGGCCAUCUGGGAGGUUGAAAGUUGGGGGAUGGUGGUGAGGAUGGGGAACAAGAUGGGAUGCAAAAAGCAGGCAUUUCCAGGGUACGGUGGCCGAGGGAGUGUGGGCUGUAUCCACUGCAAUUUGGGACGCGUGAAUGUAUCCCUCUGCCCUCCUAUUGAUGGAGAAAGAAUGGAGGCUGACCUUCCCUUGGUAGAGGGGCCAUGCUUCCAGUUAAGGUCCAGAGAUGAUCAGAAAAUGUACGCUCAGGAUGAAUGCUCUUGCCCACAAGAGAGUCAAGGGAAUCAGGGGCUGAGGGACAGGCAGCAGGUAUUACAGAGUGGCUGAGUCCAAAACAUAUGUCUUUGGGUUGUUGCCACAUGUUUGCUUGUUUCCUGGGGUCCCAAGCGAGGGCCUGGACUCUGUUUCGUCUCCUUGUUAAAACUUUCCAGGUGAUUUCCCUCCCUCCAAUCCCUCCAUGUUCUUGGGUUUCCCCAAUUUUUCUAAUCUCCUCACUCGCCUCCUUCCUGCUUUCCUCUUGCAUCCUUUCUCCUGGACCCAUGGGUGCUCCUGGGGGUUCUUGUCUCUUCCUUCCUUCCCGUGUCUUCUCCUCCCUGAUUCUCCGUCGUGUCUCCUUUAUUUUUCUCAGUCCUCCCCACACUCCCUCUCCCUGCACUUGCUCUCCUGCCGAGCCAAUCCAGCCCUCCCAUUGUCCCACCUGUCCGCAUCCCCAUGUUUAUCCCCUUCCUGCCAUUUCCCUGGGAGUCCCCUUUCUUGACCCUCUUCUCAGCUCUCUACUCCUCGAAUUUUCUCAUGCUUCCUUUCUAGAAGCCCCAGGUUCCUGGCACCUGGGCUCUGGAGAGGAGAAAGCCUUCCAGUUCUACAGGUCCUGCAUGGACACAGAUGCCAUCGAAGCUGUUGGGGCUGCCCCCCUCAGACAAGUCAUUGAGGAGCUUGGAGGCUGGCGAAUCUCCGGUAAUUGGACUUCCUUAGACUUUAACCGAACUCUGAGACUUCUGAUGAGUCAGUAUGGUUAUUUUCCAUUCUUCAGAGCCUAUCUACAACCUCGUUCCACCCCUCCAUACUCGCCAGUCAUCCAGAUAGACCCGCCAGAGUUUGAUGUUCCCCUCAAGCAAGAGCAGGAACAGAAGAUCUAUGCUCAGAUUGUGCGGGAAUAUGUGACUUACCUGAACCAGCUGGGAACCUUGCUGGGAGGAGAACCAAACAAAGUACAAGAACAUGCCUACCUGUCCAUCUCCAUUACCUCACAGCUGUUUCAGUUUCUGAGGCCCCUGGAGCAGCGGCGGGCACAGGGAAAGCUCUUCCACAUGGUCACUAUUGACCAACUGCAGGAAAUGGCUCCUGCCAUCGACUGGUUGUCCUGCUUGCAAGCAACAUUCACGCCAAUGCCGUUGAGCCCCUCCCAGCUUCUCUUGGUCCAUGACCUGGAGUAUUUGAAAAACAUGUCUCAACUGGUGGAAGAGCAGCUGUCAAAUCACAGAGACUUUCUGCAAAGCCACAUGAUCUUGGGGCUGGUGAGGACCCUUUCUCCAGCCCUGGACAGUAAAUUCCAAGAGGCACGCAGAUCAUUGAUCCAGAAACUGGGGGAGCUGACCGAAAGACCACCUAUGCCUUCCCGCCCUCGAUGGAUGAAGUGUGUGGAGGAUACAGGAACCUUCUUCCAGCCUACUCUGGCAGCCUUGUUUGUCCGUGAGGCCUUCAGCCCGAGCACCCAAAGUGCUGCUAUGGAAUUGUUCACUGCAAUCAAGAAUGCCCUCAUCAGCCGCCUCAGAAGGAUUCCCUGGAUGGAUGAGAAGACCCGGCAAGAGGCCCAGAACAGGGUCACCCAACUGCAGGUGAAGAUGGGGGCCCCAGAAUGGGCCCUGGAGCCAUCACAGGCCAGACAGGAAUACAACGAUAUACAGCUUGGACCCAGCUACCUGCAGUCCUUCCUGAGCUGUUUCCGAUCCCUCCAAGCUAGAACUGUCCAGAGCUUCUUGCAGUCUUUCCCCUACCACAGGUGGAAGGUAUCCCCCUGGGGGGUCAAUGCUUAUUAUUCAAUACCUGACCAUGUGGUGGUCUUCCCAGCUGGACUCCUCCAACCGCCAUUCUUCCACCCUGGCUACCCCAGAGCCGUGAACUUUGGCGCUGCUGGCAGCAUUAUGGCCCAUGAGCUGUUGCACAUCUUCUACCAGCUCUUACUCCCUGGGGGCUGCCCAGCCUGUGACACCCGUGCCCUACAGGGGGCGCUGCUGUGUAUGAAACACCACUAUGAGACCAUUCCCUUACCCAAUGGAACCUCCUUCAAUGGAUCGCGGACAUUCCUGGAGAAUGCUGCAGACAUUGGUGGGCUGGCCAUUGCACUGCAGGCAUAUAGCAAGAGGCUGUUAUGGCACCAUGGGGAGACCACCCUGCCGAACCUGGACCUCAGUCCUCAGCAACUCUUCUUCCGAAGCUAUGCCCAGGUGAUGUGUAGGGAGCCUGGCACCCAGGAGCCCCAGGAUUCUCACAGCCCACCCACCCUUCGAGUCCAUGGGCCACUCAGCAACACCCCAGCUUUUGGCAGACAUUUCCACUGUCCACACGGUACCCUCUUGAACCCCUCUAGCCACUGCCAACUCUGGUAGCCUGGCUACCACAGAGACUUCGAUCGGGUGACACAAUGUCCCCCUGCUCCGUUCAUAGAAUCAGGUGACAAUCGCCUUUCUCCUUCCCUUCCAAAAAUAAAAGCUGGCACUUGGCAUC